UUUUUAUCUCGAAAAAUCCGCCAAUCCCUUUGAUCAGCAAUUUUCUUCUUUAAAUACCCACUACAAUCACUUUACCUCUUCUCCACUUCUCGCUUUUCUGUCUGCAAUUCCUUACAUCUUCUAUCUUUCCAUUUCAUACCCUUCAAUUUCUUAUCAUCUUCAUGGCUCCAGCAAAGAUCAAGAUCGGAAUCAACGGGUUCGGAAGAAUCGGAAGAUUGGUUGCUAGAGUUGCCCUACAGAGAGAUGAUGUUGAACUUGUUGCUGUUAAUGAUCCAUUCAUCACUACUGAUUACAUGACAUACAUGUUCAAGUAUGACACUGUUCACGGUCAAUGGAAGCACCAUGAACUCAAGGUUAAGGACACCAAGACCCUCCUCUUCGGUGAGAAGGAAGUUGCAGUCUUUGGUUGCAGAAACCCCGAGGAGAUCCCAUGGGCUGAGACUGGAGCUGAAUACAUUGUUGAGUCAACUGGAGUGUUCACUGACAAGGACAAAGCUGCUGCUCAUUUGAAGGGUGGAGCCAAGAAGGUUAUCAUUUCUGCUCCCAGCAAGGACGCACCCAUGUUUGUUGUUGGUGUCAACGAGAAGGAAUACACCUCAGACGUUAACAUUCUUUCAAACGCUAGUUGCACCACCAACUGUCUUGCUCCCCUUGCCAAGGUCAUCAAUGACAGAUUUGGAAUUGUUGAGGGUCUCAUGACCACUGUCCACGCAAUGACUGCUACACAAAAGACUGUUGAUGGUCCAUCCAGCAAGGACUGGAGAGGUGGAAGGGCUGCUUCAUUCAACAUCAUUCCUAGCAGCACUGGUGCAGCUAAGGCUGUCGGUAAAGUUCUCCCAGCACUUAAUGGAAAAUUGACCGGUAUGGCUUUCCGUGUUCCCACCGUCGAUGUUUCAGUGGUUGAUCUUACUGUGAGACUUGAGAAGAAGGCAACUUAUGAAGAGAUUAAAGCUGCCAUCAAGGAGGAGUCUGAGGGUAAGAUGAAGGGAAUCUUGGGAUACGUUGAUGAAGAUUUGGUCUCUACUGACUUUUUGGGUGACAACAGGUCAAGCAUCUUCGACGCCAAGGCGGGAAUUGCUCUUAAUGACAACUUCGUCAAGCUUGUGUCAUGGUAUGACAACGAAUGGGGUUACAGUUCCCGUGUUAUCGACUUGAUCGUCCACGUUGCCAACACUCAGUAAGCUCUGCUUCGGAACUUCAGUAGAACCAAGAAUGGUGCUCCAGCAAAAUUUUCAGUCUGAGUUUUAGUUUAGUGUGUCCCUCUUCAGUGUGGGUGCUUGAUGGAAGAGAGGAUAUGUUGGAAAUAACAACGAAGUUAGCUUUUGCUCUGAUUACAAGAACAUCCAAAAACUGCUUGGUUUAUAUGUUCAUUCCCCAAUGCAAUUGGGGCUUUUGGAUUUUUAGUUUUUUUUACCACCCGAUUAUGUCUUUCUUUGUGUUUCCAAAGCUUAAACUUUAAUUCAUGUCAGUUUCUUAGAA